CAUGACCAUAAAGGGAUGGCUUCCGGCGAAACCACAGGGCGCGGCCAUGUUGGAGGCGGGACUUCCGGGCUCCUGCAUGGGCGGUUCCGCCCUCUGAUCCCACCUGCCUUGGCAAGCCGUUUGAGCUACGAGCCCGGCACGCCCCGCCCUGUCAGCACGCACCUGCUUUGCUGCAGCGCAGCUGCGGGGAGCGGGCAUCCUGGCACCGUGAUAGCACGCAGCGCCUGGGCCAUGGUGAACAGCGGCGAGGCUCGAGGGGACGGCGGCGUCAGCAGUGGCAGCGAGGGCUCCAAGGACAGUUCGCGAUGCUCCACCCCCAGCCUGGACCCCGAGCGCCGGGAGAGGCUCCGGGAGAAGAUGAGGCGGAGGAUGGAAGCCGGUGACAAAUGGUUCUCCUUGGAAUUCUUCCCUCCCCGGACCGCGGAGGGAGCUGCCAACCUCCUCUCCAUGUUUGACCAGAUGGCAACAGGUGGCCCCCUCUUCAUAGAUGUGACCUGGCACCCAGCAGGGGACCCUGGCUCAGAUAAAGAGACGUCCUCCAUGAUGAUCGCCAGCACGGCUGUGAACUACUGUGGCCUGGAAACUGUGCUGCACAUGACCUGCUGCCAGCAUAGCCCGGAGGAGAUCACGGGCCACCUAUAUAAAGCCAAGCAGCUGGGCAUCAAGAACAUCUUGGCGCUGCGGGGAGACCCCCUAGGUGGCCAGUGGGAAUCGGAGGAAGGAGGCUUCGACUAUGCCACAGAUCUGGUGAAGCACAUCCGAAGUGACUUUGGGGACUACUUUGACAUCUGUGUGGCAGGUUACCCCACAGGCCACCCCGAGGCAGACAGCUUUGAGGAGGAUCUGAGGCAUCUGAAGGAAAAGGUGUCUGCAGGCGCCGACUUCAUCAUUACACAGCUCUUCUUUGAGGCCGACACCUUCUUCCACUUUGUGAAGGCCUGCAGCGAGAUCGGCAUCACCUGCCCCAUCCUCCCAGGGAUCUUCCCCAUCCAGAGCUACUCCUCCCUCCGGCAGCUGGUGAAGCUGUCCAAGCUGGAGGUGCCGCAGGAGAUCAAGGACGUGAUAGAGCCGAUCAAAGACAAUGACGCCGCCAUCUGCAACUAUGGCAUCGAGCUGGCCGUGAGCUUGUGCCAGGAGCUUCUGGCCAGUGGCUUGGUGCCAGGCCUCCACUUCUACACCCUCAAUCGCAAGAUGGCCACUACCACGGUGCUGAAGCGCCUCGGCAUGUGGACUGAGGACCCCAGACGUCCCCUCCCCUGGGCCAUCAGCGCGCACCCCAAGCGCCGAGAGGAAGACGUGCGCCCCAUCUUCUGGGCCUCCAGACCAAAGAGCUACAUCUACCGCACGCAGGACUGGAACGAGUUUCCCAAUGGCCGCUGGGGCCAUUCCUCCUCGCCGGCCUUCGGGGAGCUGAAGAACUACUACCUCUUCUACCUGAAGAGCAGGUGCCCCCGGCAGGAGCUGCUGAAGAUGUGGGGCGAGGAGCUCAGCAGCGAGGAAAGUGUCUUCGAAGUCUUUGCACACUACCUCUCGGGAGAGCCAAACCAGCAUGGCUACAAGGUGACCUGCCUGCCCUGGAACGACGAGCCGCUGGCGGCCGAGACCAGCCUGAUGAAGGAGCAGCUGCUGCGCGUGAACCGGCUGGGCAUCCUUACCAUCAACUCCCAGCCCAACGUCAACGGGAAGCCGUCCUCCGACCCCAUUGUGGGCUGGGGCCCCAGCGGGGGCUACGUCUUCCAGAAGGCCUACCUAGAGUUCUUCACCUCCCGAGAGACAGUGGAGGCGCUCCUGCAGGUGCUGAAGAAGUAUGAGCUGCGGGUCAAUUACCACAUCGUGGACGUGAAGGGUGAGAACAUCACCAACGCCCCUGAGCUGCAGCCCAACGCCGUCACAUGGGGCAUCUUCCCGGGGCGCGAGAUCAUCCAGCCCACGGUGGUGGAUCCCGUCAGCUUCAUGUUCUGGAAGGACGAGGCCUUCGCCCUGUGGAUCGAGCAGUGGGGCAAGCUGUACGACGAGGAGUCCCCGUCCCGCAUGAUGAUCCAGUACAUCCACGACAACUACUUCCUGGUCAACCUGGUGGACAACGAGUUCCCGCAGGACAACUGCCUGUGGCAGGUGGUGGAGGAUGCGUUCGAGCUGCUCAACAGGCCUGCUGGGCUCUCGAGGGAGGCGGAGGCACCCUGACCUGCAUCCACCCCUCCCGGUCCUGGCUGUCCCGUGUGCCCCCAAGCCUGGCUCCCACUUUCCACGUAAGGAUGGCAGCUGCCCUGCGUGAGGCUGCUGAGCUCUGGCUGGACCAGUCAGUCCCCCGCGGGAGCCUGGUGCUCCUGCACUAGCAGGAUCUGGUGCUCUGUCAGUGAGGGACACCUCCGUGCCGCAGGGGACCGCAGUGGCUGGCCAUCACCCUCCCUGGGAAGGGAAGGAUGCUGGUUUUGCAUCUGAGCUACUGGAGCAAUCCCGGGGCUCCUAAUGAACUUGUACUUGGGGCCCCUGCAGGACAGGCCAAGUAUGGGCAGCAGGCUCUUGUGAGAUUGAAGAAUAAAGUGCCACCUUCUAGGAGCUGGCGGCAGGGCCCCAGGGCCUGUGACUGAAGGGGCAAACCACCA